AUGCAGAAUGAUCCAUGGUCUAGACGACUGUCAGCGGAAGAGAAAGAAAAUGUAGAACCACUUCUUCACCAAUCACACUCAUCAGAUGAAAUAAUUAUGCAUGUUAAGGAAACAUUCCACAAGGACAUAACUCUUAAUGACUUUAGAAAUCUGAAAGCUUCAGUUAAUAAAGGUAUAUCGAGCCGUUAUGACAUUUUUGAAUUCCUUAAGUCCCGUGGGAAGUUAUUGGAGUAUUAUUCAGAUGAACCGAUAAGGAAUUCACUAAUGAGAGUCUGUUUUUCUACUUAUGAGCAAAUAGAUUUGUAUAAACGGUUUCCGGAGGUUGUUGGCAUCGAUUCUACAUAUAACACAAAUAAAGGGAAGUAA